AUGUUCGCCCAUGAUUAUUUUAAAGGAAAAAGAUGGUCUAAAACUAAAUUACUUUCUCCCCUAUCUGAUUUGGUUGGCAAAAGAGCCUGCUCUUCUUGUUUAGACUUAUUCAAAGCACAUCUCACUGAUAUCAUUAAGAAGCAAAUUAACAACAACGAACCACUUGAUAUCUUCGUUAACUGUCAUUUCAAAGUUGCACUUCGUUGUUAUUGGCAUGCAUGGAUGUGUUCUAUUUCCAAUGCCAUAAACAGAUCAGAAGAUGAUAAAAUUCAUCGUGAUUUUGAUGAGCAUGUAAUUAGUGAAGAUGAAGGAACUAAUAAUGAUAAUUUAAAGGAUAAUGAAGAUUAG